CUCUGUCUCUCUUCUCUCACUUGACUAACCACUGCUGCGGGCUCUGGAACUGGCGGGAUAGACUUGUCUAGGCUAUUCUAACCUCUUCUUGGCUUAUGUGGACUAUUUGGUGCUCUGUCUCGGUAUACUUAGCCUAUGUGAAAUAACCGGGCCAAUUAUAAAACCUGCGGUCAGAUAACAGUUCUUGUUGCGCACUCAAUGCAAGUGGUAGUUUGGAUUGUUUCGAGUAGCAGCCAAAGUGGACGAUUAUAAUUUCAGUUAUCAUCAUGGGCGACACACUAAGCCUCAGCUCCUGAGGCUCAGGAUUGCUUUAGCAGUGGGGUGACGAGGACGAAGAGAGAGGCACGGCAUUCCCAGACUGGACCGAUAAGGACUCCUAAAUGCGUCUUCCUGUCGAUCCAACGACAACAAUGAAUAGUGGUUCUAGCAACUUUCUGCUAGUUCCAAUACCGGAGUAUCCCGUUCUAGACUGCGUGCCCAACAAAAACGUUAAGAUCGUGGUUUUGGGAGCGAGCAACGUGGGGAAAACAGCGUUGAUAGUCAGGUUUCUGACCAAGAGGUUCAUCGGGGACUAUGAGGCAAACACCGGGGCCUUGUACUCCAGAAAGAUCAAUCUAGAUGGAGAACAGGUCUCACUACAGGUUCAGGACACACCCUGCGUCUCUCUACAGGACAAUGCAGAGGGACUAUAUUGUCAGGAGCAGAUCAACAGGUCUAUCUACUGGGCGGAUGGAUACGUCCUGGUCUUCUCCAUCACCGACCACAGCAGCUAUAGAACCAUCCAGCCUCUCUACCAGCACGUCAGACGCAUCCACCCUGCAGGGAAUAUACCUGUCAUACUGGUGGGCAACAAGAGCGACCUCCUCCGUGCCCGCCAGGUGCCAGCCGACGAGGGUGAGUCUUUGGCAGCCUCUCUGGGUGGUGCGUAUUACGAAGUCUCUGCCCGGGAGAACCACGAGGGGGUCCACGCCGCCUUUCUCCACCUCUGUGGCGAGGUGAGCCGGGCGCUGGGCGGGGGGAACGGGGAGAAGAGGAGAGGGGGGCUGCACCUAGCCCGGCCUAAGUCCCCCAACAUGCAAGAGCUAAAAAGGCGGUUCCGACAGGUGCUCUCAUCCAAGGGGAAGUCUUCCACUACCACGCUGUGAUGAUAAUGGAAAAGGAGAUGGUUCUGAUGGUUCUAGUUCUGGUUCCAGAAUUGGAAUUAUGGAUUUAGCCCAGUUGACUCUCUUGUGAUGUCAUUGUAUGAGAAUGAAUGUAACAGUUUCAAUGGAACAGUGAGAAGUGAUAAACGGUUCUAUAUUCUAUUUCCUCCUAUUGGAAUAGAACAUUGAGAUAAGGAAAUCUAUAUUCCACUUGUGGAAGGAAUGGCACAGAGACAGCAAGGCCAAACGCUUCCAACAAAGGAGUGGGCUUCGUGGGAUGUGAUGUCACAAGCCUGUCUGCCGAUUCAACCAAGGGUGACUGAGGAGACUGAAAAACAGACUAUGACUGACAGGUAUAACGGACCAAUCGUAGGCUACUCUGAGAUCGCUAUUCGUACUGAGCUAUCAUGCAGUAGACAACUCUCCUUGCUUUUGAUACAUUUGUAUUUAAAGAAUGUCAUCUGAAAAUGUACUGUACCCAGAGGCAAAGAAAAAUGAUGUCGGCAUCACAGAUGCAGAUAUCUAUUGUCUAUUCCCUUUAUAGUCUAGUGCACUACCUUUGACCAGGGGCUGUAGGGUGCCAUUUGAGAUGUAACCUAUGUAUUUUCUCAAUUAAACAUUUAAAACAUGGACGGGCCAUGCUUAAUUAAAUGUAAUUGCUAAAAACGCACUCAACCACAGUCCUUGACAUCCUGGUCUGUACUAAUCUAUACCAGCCUGGUUCCCCUGAACAGUCCCUAACCACAGGAUCAGUUUACCCUACCCCAACCCUAACUUAAACCAUCAGGAAGGCAAUAGCUAAAACUGACCACAGACCAGUUCUUAGGGGAAACUUCAUCCUACAUCAAACCACUGUGAUGUCUAGGGUUGCAAAAGUCGGUUGGAUUCAGGAGGGAAUAAGCAGGACAUUUGGAAUCCUUCAACCAGAAUUUCAGGAAAACCUGAGAAUUUGGGGGAAAUUACAGGAAUUUUGCAACCCUACUCAGGCCCCUUUAAAGUAACAUGUGUGGAGGCUCUAUGUCCUACAGAUGUAUCUUUCUGGCUGUGUUUUUUAUAUGACUCUGGAAAGGAAGAGACUUGGUUGCGUCCCAAAUGGCACCCUAUUCCAUAUAUAGUGCACUACUUUUGACCAGGGCCCAUCAAAAGUAAUGCACUAUAUAGGGAAUAGGGUGCCAUUUGGGGUGCAACCAUGGAGAGACAUGAGACUGAGAGUUCUCAUGACCUUUCACCUCUAUCUGCUGUGUCAGAGUUUUUUAACACACACCAGAGCAGAGAUCAUCAACUAGAUUCAGCCGCAGGCUGAUUUUUUCUUGAGCGGAUGGUCAGUGGGCCGGAACAUAAU